AAGCAUAUGUUAGCAUAUGUUACAUAUAGCAUCGUAGUAGUAGUUGUAGUACGACACAGUACCCUUCGACUUUCUUGCAAUUUUGCAUGUUCAUGUGUUUCGAAAACCUCUGAGACCUGCCAAUUUGCUAUGGACUUUAACCCCGUCGAAUUGCUAACCAGGAAGCGUUGAAUCAUUCUAGCCAGGCGAGUCUAUGAAAGGAAGCCGUUUCACCUAUGUCACCUAGUCAAUCCAGGAAAUGUAUAUCCGCUUUAUCAACUGGAAAUGUAGCCCUUUGGAAUAAUCGCUUGUCUACCUUCAUAAUUUGAUAUGACGGAGAUAAAAAGUUCUUUGGAAGAGAUGGUAAACCACAAUCUCCCCAGGGUGACUGGGGCUUCGGCAGAUGACAUUGCCUCUCAGCUCAUCUCGGCAGCGUUUCCCAGGGAUGUGAAUAUGAUGAAUCUGACCAUCGUUCGCUCUGGAAAUCGGACCAUCAUGAAGGGGGACCAGCUCUUCCUGAACACCACCACUGCGCAGGCCCUUUCGGGGAUCUUUGUCUGGUCAGCAUUGCUCAUCACCUGUCACCAGAUCUACAUGCACCUGCGUUCCUACACCAUGCCCAAUGAGCAGCGUUACAUCAUCCGGAUACUCUUCAUUGUUCCCAUCUUUGCCUUUGAUUCCUGGCUCAGUUUGCUGUUUAUCAGCAACGACCAGUAUUAUGUCUACUUUGACUCUGUGCGGGACUGCUAUGAAGCGUUUGUCAUUUACAACUUCCUUAGUCUGUCUUUUGAAUACCUGGGGGGGGAAAGUGCCAUCAUGUCUGAAAUUCGAGGAAGACCCAUUCAGUCAAGCUGUAUGUAUGGCACCUGUUGCCUGGUGGGAAUGAGCUACUCAAUCGGGUUUUUACGCUUCUGUAAACAGGCGACUCUGCAGUUCUGUGUUGUAAAGCCCAUCAUGGCUGUCUUCACCAUACUCUUGCAGGCCUUCGGCAAAUAUCACGACGGAGACUUCAGUGUUACGGGUGGAUACUUGUACAUUACCAUCAUCUACAACUUCUCUGUCAGCUUGGCCCUCUAUGCCCUCUUCCUCUUCUACUUCGCCACCAGUGACCUGCUGCGACCGUAUGAACCAGUGCUCAAGUUCCUCACUAUCAAAUCUGUCAUAUUCCUAUCUUUCUGGCAAGGUAUGGUGCUGGCGAUCUUGGAGCGCUGUGGGGUCAUACCCGAGGCCCUGUUCAUCGACGGGUACCGCGUAGGCGCUGGCACCGUGGCGGCUGGCUGGCAGAACUUCAUCAUCUGCAUUGAGAUGUUCUUCGCUGCCAUAGCGCUCCGCUACGCCUUCAGCUUCACCGUGUACCAGGAGAAGACGAGCGAAAUCCCAGACAACCCUGCCCCCAUGCAGAGCAUCUCCAGCGGGCUGAAGGAGACCAUGAACCCCCACGACAUGGUGCAGGAUGCCAUCCACAACUUCUCCCCCACCUACCAGCAGUACGCUCAGCAGUCCACCCAGGAGGUGGUCCAGCCCAACCAGAAUGGCAAGGUGGGCCUGGGGGCCGGCUCAAAGUGGUCCAAGAAGAACGACAAGAUCAUGCUCAUCAGCUCCGACGACGAGUUCUAGAGGCUGUCUCGGGUGUGCCGUGCCUGCGACUGAGGACGUAUUUUUCUUUUGUUGAACAGCUGGAUUGUUUGUUCUAUUGUUUGGUAAUUUUAGCUCGUAAUGUAUUUAAUUCAUGUGGUAAGACUGUUGGGUUUUUUGCGCCAAAUGAAGGUAACUGUAGGAAUUCAUGAAAUGGAAGCAAAAAAAAAAGAAAUCCCUGGGAUGAAAUGAACGGAAAAUGUGUUUUUUCGUCCAGGAGAAAAUGUAAAAAGUAGAUCAGAGCGGUUAUGCUUAACGGGCCUGGGAGAUUCCGGUAGGCCCGUUUUACAGAUCGACAUUUUCAAAUCUGAACGGUUGAUGCUUCGGUAACCCGGCAGCUACGGAAAACUACUCGCGUCUGAUCGAUGUUUUCAGGCGGUCCUAAAUCUAAAACGACAAAAAGCUUCAGCAGGCUGUGACCGGGACUCGCCUCCCGGUCGCUAACCGGAAAACAGAGGAAACCGCCCUGUGGCUGGGUGGGAAGCUUAUUGACAGCCCUGACUGUGCUGCCCUGCUGAACGGACCGGAUCACGUCCACCACCUCACAGACCGCCUCACUCCUCACCACAUGAGUCAGCCAAAGCAGUGACCUUUUAACAGAGCCUUGAUCCUGCGGCCAAAAGCAUUUAUCCUUUAAAGCUGCUGUUUAUGACAGACCACACCAGUUAUAUCUAGCCAUUCCAAAUGGCUGAGUGUCAGUAGGAUACGAACAUGAAGUUUGCUUAUUUUUUUGAAUAAACAAUGAAGCUGAUGGACUAAAUUAGUGCAAGAAUUCUCUAAAUCUGUGUACUUGAAUUGGUGUCAGUUGUAUUUCAAAUUAUGCAGAUACAGCUACCUGUUCUUCUUAAACUCAUUUUAAAAUGAUACAUUUAAAAAAAUGAUUGCAGUGUUCUGUAGGCUAUGCAAGGGCCAAUAUCUUCUGCUCAUUUCUAUUCAAUGGUCAGCAUUGAUUGAGGUUGAAUAAUAAACAUAUUUUUGCAUUUUUA